GUUCCUUUUUUUUUUUUUUCUUUUCAAGCUUCACGAGUCGUUUUUAACCAUGGCCGCUUUAUUACCGGUGACAAUCGGCAUCAACUAUGAUGAAGAUAAACAAUUACUGUCCCACUUCCUUGCCAACUUCAAGGACACCGCGACCAAUGCCCUGAAAUACAUGGAUGUGCUUCAAAAAGUAGUCGAUAGAGAACAAUCCGUCGUUACCAUUGAAUUGGACGAUCUGGCCGUGCACGAAGAUUCGCGUGUGCGCAGUGUCGCUCACAUUCGACGCAAUACGAAACGUUACAUUGACUUGUUCUGUACCGUUAUUGACGAACUGAUGAAGGACAUGACGCCCGCUCGACCUGAAUUGUCUUACAAGGACAGCGUCCUGGAUGUCAUUAUUAGCCAACGUCGCGUGCGCGAUGAAAAUCUGGUGAUUGAAGGAAACGACGAUAAUGCCGGUUUCCCUCCCGCUUUAACUCGUCGAUAUGAGGUGUUUAUCAAGCCUUUGACCAACGAUCCCACCUUGGCGGUUCGUCACGUGAAUGGUGCUUUGCUGGGUCAUUUGGUUACUUUACGUGGUAUUGUGACCAGAGUGUCCGAUGUCAAGCCAUUCUUGCAAGUCAAUACCUACAGUUGUGACGCUUGCGGCAGUGAAAUUUUCCAGGAAAUCAAGCAACGUCAAUUCACCCCCUUGACGGAAUGUCCUUCGCAAAUGUGCCGAAAUAACAGCAUCAAGGGUAAACUGUAUAUGCAAACCAGAGCUUGUAAAUUCUUGGCUUUCCAAGAAGUCAAAGUCCAGGAAUUGACGGAUCAAGUCCCUGUGGGUCACAUUCCAAGGACAAUGACGGUUCAUCUUUACGGCGCCAUGUGCCGUCAAUUGACGCCUGGUGACGUGUGUCAUGUUUCCGGCAUCUUCUUGCCAAUGCCAUACACCGGAUUCCGUGCCCUGCGUGCUGGUUUAUUGACCGAUACCUACUUGGAAGCACAAUACAUUCAUCGUCUCAAGAAGCAGUAUGAUCAGUUGGAGAUGUCUUUGGAAGAUUCGCAGCGAAUCGAACAACUCAGAGCGGAUCCCAACAUCUACAGUCACUUGGCUCGCAGUAUUGCUCCUGAAAUCUACGGUCAUGAUGAUGUGAAGAAGGUGCUUUUGUUGUUGCUCGUUGGUGGUGUCACUAAGACGGUCGGUGACGGCAUGAAGAUUCGUGGUGAUAUCAACGUGUGUUUGAUGGGUGAUCCUGGUGUGGCCAAAUCCCAAUUGCUUAAAUUCAUUGGUAAAGUCGCGCCUCGCGGUGUGUACACCACAGGUCGUGGUUCUUCCGGUGUCGGUCUGACUGCGGCCGUCAUGCGUGAUCCUGUCACAGAUGAAAUGGUACUCGAGGGUGGUGCUCUUGUCCUUGCCGAUAAUGGUAUUUGUUGCAUUGAUGAGUUUGAUAAAAUGGACGAUUCGGAUCGAACGGCUAUCCACGAAGUCAUGGAACAGCAAACCAUCAGUAUCUCCAAAGCCGGUAUCAACACGACCUUGAAUGCUCGCGCUUCCAUUUUGGCCGCAGCGAAUCCCUUGUAUGGCCGCUACAACACGCGCAUGUCGCCUACCCAAAAUAUCAAUUUACCGGCGGCCUUGCUGUCGCGUUUCGAUAUCCUGUAUUUGAUGUUGGAUAAACCCUCGGACGAUUUGGAUCGUCUGUUGGCCGAGCAUGUGACCUACGUCCACACCCACAAUAAGCAUCCCAGCUUGGACUUUGAAGUGUUGGAACCUAAUAUGAUCAGACACUACGUUGCUCAAGCACGAACCAAACGACCUGUGUUGUCCAAUGAGGUAUCCGACUAUGUGAUCAGUGCCUAUGUGCAAAUGAGGCGUCAGUACAAGUUGGACGAAGAACGUCAGCAACAAUUCACGUAUGCGUCCGCACGUACAUUACUCGGCAUUAUCCGUAUGGCACAGGCCUUGGCGCGUAUUCGAUUUUCGGACUCCGUGGAUGCGGCGGAUGUGGAUGAAGCACUCCGAUUGAUUGACGUAUCCAAGGCUUCCUUAAUGGACGACGAUUCGCGCGAUCAGCGUCAAGACCGUACUCCCACGUCGGUCAUUUUCAACAUUGUUAGACAGUUGCGCGAAACGUACGGUAACCAGAUCAAUAUGUCCGUGGUGCGAGACCGUGUAUUGGCUCGCGGUUAUACCGAUGCACAACUGGAAGAGGCUACACGAGUGUACUGUGACUUGGAUGUAUGGCAGUUGAACGCCAGUAGAACACGUCUUAUCAUUGUCCAGUAAAGGGCCGUUUGUCGGCUCUCAUAUUAAUCUUUUUUUCACA